AGAUAAAGUAACAAGAAACAGUAGAUGACAAUACAAUAUCCAGCUGAUUCAGGGAUAUAUCAACACAUCACCUGACACCAUCUUUCUGGACAGAUAUACACAUACAGAUAGCUAUGUGUCUAUAGAUGUCACUUCUAUACAACUAUACCAUUAAAACUGAAUAUGACAACGUGAACGAGCUGAACAAUCUCCAAUCUAACAUUUGGUGAGCACAGACAGAGUAACAAUGUUGAAAUACACUGGGAAUAAGACAUAUCGUAUUGAAGACUCGGUUAGUGAUGAUGAACGAACUGCUGAAGCAGCUGUCUUAAUCAUCAUAUCAGCUAUUGGAUUAAUUGGAAACUUUAUCGUUCUUGCACUUAUUCUUCUCGUUGCAAAUCUCAGACGUGCAUCUAAUGCUUUCUUGUUCCACCACAGUAUCAUUGAUCUUAUAAAAUCUGGAUAUUGUCUGCCAUUUGCAUUCAGUCUGAUGACAAAAGAACCACCAACAUAUUGCAACCUACUUGGAGGAUCCUAUAUUGUCUUCAUUACGACAUCCUCUUUCAAUUUACUAGCGAUGGUCAUGAAUGAAGCAUACCAAUUUUCAGACCUCAAUCUUGGGAUCCGGGAAUCAAGAAACUACUGCUGUGUCAUAUUCGGGAUCUUCAUUAUUUGGUUCACCAGCCUCAUUCUAAAUCUUGGGAUUGCUUUCAUUCCAGGCAACACCAGUUAUGAUAUAGGUGUUGCAAACUGCGUGUUCAAGUAUGGAAUAACACGAAACUAUGUCCUACAUGUCCUUUGGAUCAUCUUAAUCAGUAUUGGGUUAGCGUUAACGAUAAUAUAUCUCAGAGUUCUAUAUGUGGAUAUUAGUCGUAGCUCCUACUACAGAUUCCUCACCCUUAUAAGGGCAACCAUGUCCAUUGAUCCAAAUAGACAUGAUGCUAGCCGAAGGGACAGUAGUGGAUUAGAGAGACACCACAUUGAAAAUGUAGAAAAAAUAAGUAUGAAAAAACUUGUACAUUUAAUGAUCGUUACAGGACUGUUUGUUGGAUUCUGGUAUCCACUCUUCUUGCUAACUUUAAUUGAUAAAAAUUUCAAUGCUAGUGUACUUGCUUAUAAAUGGCUGACAAUACUAGCAUGGAGCAACUCAGCUGUCUCUCCGAUCAUAUUCAUAUUCUAUAUUAAAACAGACUGUUGUCACAACAUCUCUAUGUUCAAACCGGAACCUGAGGCUUCCAUGACAAGCAUCACGCGUGAUAGACGGAGGUAUGACGGCACUCAGAGCCAAUCACAUAGCAGAUCAACUACAUAUAACGAGAUAGCUAAUAGGGCGGAAAGUGAUCCAUCCCUCGAUGACCAUACAGAGUACCGACCACUUUCAAAAUCUCUCCAAAGUGGGGAUCUAGAAACUAUUCAAGAUGUAUGACAUAUGGCUGAAACUGCAGUGUAGAAUAUAGUAAAUUGAGGAAUCAGUAGAAAAGACAAAAGAUGGCAAAGAAUAUGAACAAUGUGGACAGCCAGAAAUAUCACCUGACGACAUCAAAGUAAAUGUACAUAAAUAAUGUAGUUAUAAACACAUGUUUUAUUUUUAUGUCUUACUCUUUGAAUCGGAAUUAAUUUAUAAUUGAUGUAAUAAUAUAUUAAAAUAUAUAUUGCUCCUUAUACAAAAUUUCUCCUUUUCUGAUGCAGAUUCCAAUUUAGGCCACUACUUCUACUUUUUUCAUUAUAUGAUCUCAGGAUUAAGUCCAAAACAUGUGCAAGUCUGUUCAAACUAUUUGUUGUUAAGUUUGGUCAAGCAGUAUAACAUCAAUUAUAUUUAUUCUACCAGUCUGCAAAAGCAUGUUAAAAUAGGAAUUUUGGUUUCAGUAAAUUGAGAAAUAUAGCAUGACCAAUAAAUCAUGUAAUUCAAUUAAUUGUAUGACUAUCAAAAAUCACCUAUUGUUUACACUGCAGUUUCUACAAAUGUAAUGCAUGAAUCUAAUAUGAAGAAUAAUGUUUGAUUUUGUGAAAUGUUCUGCAUAUGUGAAUCAUUUAAUAAAAUCUGCUAAUCAGUCUCUGUGGAAGAAGACACAAAGUGGUUAAACAAACAUCAAGAAAGUAUUUUAAAAAGGGAUUUGUCCUUGAAUGGGCAUCAAUUUGUGUAAUGGAUUGACAAGAUUUCAGAAGUUCAGAC